AUGGCGUUCCGGCUGUCCUUACUAUGUCUCGCGAUAUGGACGACCCUUUUCGCCGUUGCUACCGCCCAAACGGCCAAUAUCACGCCCGAGAUCUUGAACUUCGUCCCGACCUGCGCCCAGGAAUGCUUCGAGUCCUUCAUAUCAGCAAACUUCGACGGCGAUAUAUGCGGCAACUCGCCCGCCUUGCAAUGCCUGUGCCGGCAGAAGGGGAACUCUGGUUACACUAUCGGGGAAGGGGCGGCGUCGUGCCUGGUCGGAGAGAGCAGGUUCGGUGCUUGCCAGGGACAGGAUGGGAUCAGCGACGCGACGGCGACGGCCUACAACAUGUGUGUAGGAGUGUCGAGGGCGGAACCCAAGACGCACUCGACCAUUGUGGCUACCCUCGUUCUGUCACCGUCAGGAAAGGGGCCGUUGCUCGUACCAACAGAGAUCCAGACGGCUACGAGCACUGAAUCAGCCGUCACGCCGUCGGCUACUCCCACAUCAACCGCCAGUCUCCCGCAAGGAGACGAGCCGAGCUCCACCACGGCCACGCCAACACCAACGGCCUCGGCGUCCACCACGCCCACGGCCGGCGAAAGCGCCGGGGCCUCAGAGGAGCAGCCGAAAUUCAGUAGCGCACAGAUUGCGGGCAUCACGCUUGGAUGCGCCGCUGUUGUGGUGUUGGGGAUUCUGCUCGUGCUGCUCGCCAGAUGCAUCCGGAGGAAGAGAUUCGGUGAUCUGGAGUCGGGCUUUUCGAGAAUGAGAGACUCGAUGAGCUUCGGGAAGGGUAAUCGCCCCGGCAGUGCUCCCGGGGGCUUAGAGAUCUCGAGCCCGCUGCCUCGAGUCCAGGUGGCGCGGAACCCAGCGGACCCGCGAUGGCAGCCGAGCAUACCGCAGGGAAGCCAGCAGGGAAGCCAGCAGGGAGCCGUCGGCCUCGCCAUCUCGCCGCUCACCGCUCGCGGCGGAGUUUUGGCGCGGCCUUCGCCAGCUCUAGCUUCUGUUCUUGCUGCCUCUCGCCCACCAACUCCUCCCGCAAAGCCAGUACCAGCCCCAGUAAACCCGGUACCGGUCUCCGCAACCCCGGUACCAGUUCCCUCGCCGACACUCUCCCCGCCCCGGCAAAAGUUGCCGAAGUUUGUCUUGAGCCCUGCGCCCGCACCGAGGGCACCGGUGGCACAACGAAGUCCACCAAAACCGACCUUGACCCUCGCCAUACCGAAAGCACCGGAGCGACCGGUCAACGUGCCAGCCAAUGCAAGAGACAGCGUGGUGACCGAGUUUGCCGAGGAUGGGGAGGAUGUUGCUCCCGGAACCGCCAUCUGGCGCCCGCCAACAUCAGAUCCCCUAUCAGCAACAACGUUCUACUUUGCCGAUAAAGGGGGUAACUGGAUUCUCCGCAACGCCUCGAUACGGAAUUCUGGGGCAGAGGCUCCCGGGGGAGUGUCGGGACCCCCAAAGCCAGCGUUCCAAGAGGUCUCCGCACCGCCCGCCGAGAUUGAGCUACCGAGUCCAGACCACAAAACAAGAGCCGAGAGGGCCAAAGACGCAUAUGGCGGGUUUUCGCCUGAGGCUUUGGUCUCGCCGCUCAGGCUUCCCGGGAAGCCAGGGAACGGAAGGCUUGGAUCUCCGAUCGCGUUUCAAGAUCGACGCCGGGAGCCACAGUUCUCAAGCCCCAGCAUGUCUGCGAGAUUAUCCCAGACUGCGGAGACGAUCAUGAGCGAGUCGUCGCAGGCUAGAAGCCGACCCGCGGAUGCCUAUUUCACGGCGAUGCGUGAGAGCAGAGACUUGACCGGUGGGGCGAGCAAGCGGCGUUCGGCCAAGAGAGCCAGCCGUCGGAUAUCGCAAGACUCGGCGACAUCGAUCGAGUCGGCGAUUGAAGAGGUCAAUGAAGACGGAACUCAGGCGGACCUAUCACCGGUGGCCGAGUCUCCCCGGGCAUCGGUCUCGCCCGGGAAGUCGCCUGUCAAAUACCCCAAUAUUCGUAGGCACAACGACAAAACACAGAUGUCGCCCCCGCUCAGGAAGACAGCGGAAUCCGACCUGCUCCCUCCUGCGCAUCGGUACAACGUCUGGCACCCGGCCGGGCAAUCCAGCCCUCACGGCGCGGGCUCCAUGGCAAAACCCAAGACCGGCACACCGGCCAUGCCCCAGUCAAAUAACGGCCCCAUGAGACCAUGGGAUGCACCAAACCUCAAGCCCACCGCGCACCGCAACCCGGCACAACUCCGAACCGGGUCCCCCGAGGCCCGCCUAGGCCCGGUCUCCCCCACCGCAGAAACCCAAUACUGGCAGCGCCAGCGCCAGCUCGCCAACCCAGCAUCGUACUGGAACCAAUCCCAACCCCAGCCCGCACGAGCGCGGCAGCAGCAGCAGCAACAACAACAUCAACAACAGCAGCAACAACAACAUCAACAACAGCAGCAACAACAACACUAUCACCACCGCCACUCACAGCACCAACCGCCACCACCCACACCGCCUUACGAACUCCCCGGCGAGAACAGCACGGCGCCGUCCCGGCGCUACGGCACGCCGCAACAGCAGCAGCAAUCCCGUCCGCGCCCGGGGCAGCAGCUACCCACACCAGCAGCCACGCCGCAACCGCAGGCCCAACUGGCACGACAGCAACAGCAACAGCAGCAGCAGCAGCAGCAGCAGCAACCACGCCCCACAGCAGGCGGCGAAACGCCGUCGACCCAGGGCUCGCAGCUGCUCGCGAAGCGGCGCGGCGCGGACAAGGCGGCGGCGCUGAUGCUGGUUGGCAAUGCCAACGGCAGGGGGGGAGCCAAACGGGAUGGUGCUGGUAGCGGGAAGGGGUGGGCAAGGGAGCAGCAGCAGCAGCAGCAUGAGUACGGGGCGCCGGCGCCGAUCACGCCCGGGUGGAUGCCUGAGCUGACGCCGACGCGCAGGGGGGAGGAUUUGUAUUUGGAUGUUAGGUAG